UUUUAUUCUAAGUAUUCUACUCAAAGAUAAUCUUUGUUAUUUCCUUGAAGCUGAAGAUCCUCAGUUGUUACCAUACCUGUUAAACAAGUUUCUUUUUAAUGGCAUUAUGCUACUAUACCCACCCUUAAAUUCUCAAAUAUCCUCGUAGCUAGCACAUUUACCUGGGAACCAUUAUCUACGCAUAAGGAGUUCAGAAGUUCCCUCUAUAUUAGCGCCAGCAAUCACUGUUUCAGCACACUAUGUAUAGACCAGUCAUAGCAUCCCGCAAAACUUUUCCUCUGUGGGUAAUCAUCCUCGGUGUGCUUGGAGUGCUGGCAGUCCUUGGGGUAACUAUUGGACUCUUAGUUCACUUUCUGGCAGUAGAAAACAAGAUCUACUACUAUCAAGGUAGUUUUAAAGUAUUGAAUAUUCCAUAUGACAGAAAUUAUGAGAGGGAGACAUCACCAGAAAGUAACCAUCUCAGUAAAAUCCUCGAGACUAAAAUGGUUGAUGCCUUUCAAAAUUCUAAUAUUUACAGACAGUAUAUCAACUCUCAGAUCAUCACAUUGGUUCCUGAUAGCAACAGUGUGACAGCAAAUAUAUGGCUGGUGUUCAAGGAUCCCAGAUCAAACAGGGAAAACAUAAGAAGGAGAAUCGAAAGCAUUUUACAUCAGAUGCUGGAGAACCAAUCAGGAUCCCUGAUUACAGAUCCCAGGUCUUUGAAGCUCAUGGAAAUCAGUAAGGUUGAUGCUAAAAAGAUUAUCAACAACCGUUGCGGGAGACGACCAAGGAUGUCAGCAACCUAUGACAGAAUUAAGGGAGGAUCCACUGCUCAGAAAGGAGAAUGGCCAUGGCAAGCGAGUCUUAGAGUGAAUGGCAAACACUACUGUGGAGCAUCACUAAUCGGUGCGAGAUUCCUGCUGACAGCGGCUCACUGCUUUCAAAAGACAAAUAAUCCAAGAAACUUAACUAUCAGCUUUGGCACUGAAGUAACUCCACCCUACAUGCAACAUUAUGUUCAAGAAGUUAUUAUUCAUGAAAACUAUGUUAAGGGGGAACAUCAUGAUGAUAUUGCAGUUGUUGUGCUCACUGAAAAAGUUUUAUUCAACAAGGAUGUACAUCGUGUUUGUCUUCCAGAAGCCACACAGAUUUUCCCACCAGGUGAAGGAGUCGUUGUUACAGGAUGGGGAGCACUUUCACACAGCGGUAACUCCCCAAUGUUACUUCAGAAAGCAUCUGUUAAAAUUAUUGAUACAAACACUUGUAAUGCGGAAGAAGCUUACAAUGGUAGGAUAGUGGACACAAUGCUCUGUGCUGGUUACAUGGAAGGCAAUAUAGAUGCUUGCCAGGGUGACUCUGGAGGACCACUAGUUCACCCCAAUUCUCGAGAUAUUUGGUACCUUGUUGGGAUAGUGAGUUGGGGACAUGAAUGCGGCCAAAUCAACAAGCCAGGGGUCUAUGUGAGAGUGACUUCUUACCGUGACUGGAUUGCCUCCAAGACUGGUAUCUAGUAGAAAAUCAUCCUCUGGUACUGAAUGCAGAUCAUUGUUGCCUAGUACUUCCAACUUUUAUUUAACAUCCAUUUCUUUAUUUUUCCAUUUUGUGUGCAUGUAUGUUUGCAUGUGCAUGGGUACAUGUGUGUCUGUGCUCAUGCAUUUAUGUGUGCAUGCAUACAGACACUGAAGUUGAUGUUAAGAGCCAUCCUCAAUAAUUUCACCUUAUUCAAUGAGACAGGUUCUUGGUCAAAUCAAGAGCUCUCAGAUAUACUCUGUCUUACUAGUCAAGUUGCUUUUGGGACCCCUGCCUCUGUCUUCUAAGGAUGGAAGCACAGAUAGGCUUCUAUGCCCACCAGGUAUUUAUGUGCAUUAUUGGGUUCCCAAUUUCUGUCCUUAGACUUGAUGGAAAGCGCUUAAUCACACAGCAAACCCUCAGCUCUCUUUAAAACAUUAUUAUUUUAUGUUUAUGGGUGUUUUCCUGCACCAAAUACAUGCCUAGAGGUCAGAAGAGGGUGCUGUAUCCUCCAGGACUGGAGUUACAGAGUUUUGUGAGCCACCCUGUGGGUACAGGGAAUUGCACCCAGGUCAUCUAGAAGAGCAGCCAGGGCUCUUAACUGUGGAGCCACUACCAUCUACUACUUUCCAUGCUCUUUAAAUGUGUAUAAUGGCUAUUUUGAAACAAUUAUAGCCCUAAGGGAAUAUUUGUAAAUUUUUAAGAAAACAGAGCAAAACAAGAAAAGAAAUCUUGAGUUCCUUGAUCUGGGAAGCUGUUAGUCAAAAAAAGUACUCCCACCAAAAUGCUGUUAAACCACUCUCUGUGUCCUGGUUUUUCAGCCUACAUUAUCACUAUUUCACCAUAACAUAAGGCUCUUGGGUUUUAUCAUGUAGACUUUGUAGAACUAUGAAAGCAUAUCUUUGACUAGUGAUUUAUCAGACUAAAUAAUGAGAGACCAGAGCCUCCCAAAGAUCAGGUUGCAACCUGCUAUAUCUACUUUCAUGUCAGAGCUUUGUGGAAAGUUGUGGUUGUGACCUUACCUAGUCUUAAAGGAGAUAUUGAAUUACAACCUCUUUUUACUGAGCCAUUUACCCAUAUCUGCAAUAAUCAUGAGUUUCUCACCACCAAUAAAACCAGGGAGAAAAGCACAUUUUAAGUUACAGAUAAUAACUACAGUAAUUAUUUAGAAUAAAGAUUUCUGGGGAAAUUCUCUAUGUGUAAUAUAUUUUUAAACUAUCCAAAAUAAAUAAAAAUGUAUGUUGUAUCCUAAUUCAAGCAAAGGAAG